GCGCGUUCCGCGAGACCUUUUUCGGGCGGGUCGGCAGCGGCGGCACAGCCAGCAGCGCCGUGCCUUUGUGUGCGAGAGGCAGCAGGCAGCCGCGGCCGGUUCUGCUGCUGCUGUGCAAGGGGCGCGUGUUCUUCUCUCCCGGACGGAGGAAUCUCGUUCUUUGUUCCCUUCCGUGUGGCCGGAUGGGUACAUGCCUUUCCUCUCCGCAGGAAGAGCCUGCCGCCAUCAAGCGGCUGAGGAGGAGCAGCAGAGGGAGCAGUGGUGCCACCAGGGCGUUCAGGAACAACAACGACUCCGACGACGGCGGCGGCGACGGGGCUACGGACCUCUGGCGGGGGAGCGGUCUCAUCCUGGCCGACAACGUGGACCUCCUGCGGAGCAUCGUCCGCUUCGUGGCCGAGAAGCAGUUCCUCUUCUUCGCGCCGGUCUCCAGGGCCUGGAGGGAGGCCUGGGGCUGCCGCCCGGCGGUGACGAGCUGGGUCACCGAAGACUCGUCCGUGUCCCAGCUGAGGUACAGCUUCGAGCGGGGGCUCCCGCGGGACCGGCCGGAGCUGUGCGCCGCUAUCGCACGGCUCGGCAACCUCGAGCUCCUUCGCUCGGCCAGGGGCAGCGGGUGCGCCUGGAACGGGCUGACGUUCUCGGAAGCGGCGCGGCGGGGGGAUCUGGCUUUCCUCCAGUGGCUCAAGUCCAGCGGGUGCAGGUGGGACAAGUUCUCGGCCAUCGCCGCGGCCGGGGGGGGGCACCUCCACGUGCUUAAGUGGCUGAGGAAGAGCGGCGUCGGGUGGGACGACGACGAGUGGACCUGCCACAUGGCGGCGGCGGGGGGCCACGUGCAUGUCCUGCGGUGGGCCAUACAGAACGGGUGCCGGUACGACAACGUCACCUGCUGGUCGGCCGCGCACCAGGGGCACCUCGAGGCCCUCAAGUACCUGAGAAAGAUCGACUGCGGCUGGGACAGGCAGCGGUGCUUCGACGCCGCGGUCCGCGGGAGCCACCGGCGCGUGGCGGAGUGGAUCGUGGCGAACUGAUAGGCGGCGCCAAUAGUCCUGUGGAAACCCCAAGCGUCUCCUGAUGACUAUUACGAAGCGGGAUCAGGCAUGUGCCGGCCAGAGUUCCCAGGGAAGGGGAGGGAGGGGGAAGCAGCCAACUUCUUGGCAUUUUCGAAUAAUUUUUGACGAAAUUGAUGACAUCACCGUCAUCGUGAGACGGGGUGGAUGUCGCUAACGACGGCGAAGGAGGUGGAGGGUCGUUGCGGGAGCGGAGAGUUGGCUGCAUGGAGGGGCGAUAGAGGGAAAUCCGCAAGGGGUAUUACUUGUACGUCGGGGUUACGCACUGUUGGUGGUAUAAACCGCCCGUGAGCAAGAAGACUCCUUCAUGUAGGGACACAUUUAGUUUUUGUUUUUGAUAGAUAGCUCCAUGACACUCACCAACUUAAGCGACCAGUCGCUUGCAUCUACGACAUAUACCAAUCGUUUUGGGUGAGAAAUUGAAAAUUCGCGCGAUCGCAAAUCACAAUCGGAUCGAGCGCCCGGUGCUUCAUGGAAUUAUCUGCGACACGCUGCUUUUCCCACAAGGGAAAGGAUCGCAUUGUUAUUAGCGAUGGAACAGCCCGGCGUUCGGAAUGCGCGUGUAAAUGUGAGAUGG